AUGAAAAAGAGAAAAAAACGAGCCUGUCAGACGUCCAUCGACACCCACCCCGACAGUGCGCCCGAAGGCAAGACCACAAUCGGGGACGAGAUCAUCACCGCUCUCUAUACAGCCAACAGAAAAUCUGUCAAGACCGCCUUCCUUACGGAAGGUGCGAGAGCAACCAGAGUUCUUCACUCUAGGGCGUCGAGGAUAUCAUUCAUCAACCAGGGUGGGAUCUGUGGCUCCUUUAGGGAACCAAGAGAGGGUCGAAUACUAUAG